GAUUCCUUGAAUAAACAAAUCAGUCAAGCGACUGAUUGCAGGACUCAAGAGCAGUAGAAAACCGCACAUGUGGGAGAAUAGACGCUGUUGACCCCAUUUACGUUUACGUUUUUUUUAUAUCGGUGUUGUUCGUAGAGAGAAAUAUCUUACGCAUGUUUCCGACAGUUCCCAAAAUGCAGCAUAAUUUUCAACGGGAGUCUCUUCUUUCACCAUCUGAACAGGACUUCCACCAACUUACCCUGUGGAUAGAAUUACUGUGAGCAGUUGUUCCAUUUGCAGCCCUAGAACUUUGGAAUAUACAUUCAGUGCCAUGGAAUCCCACAAGACUGACUGCAGAAUGAUCCUGUACAUUUCUUAACAGUGGCAAGAAUGUUUCUUGCUUCGCUCUUGCCUAAAGCAUGGGGGAUGGCUUGUGGAGCUACAUUAGGCCUUUCUCUUACCUAAAACACAUUUUUUGCAGCUAAAAACUGUAAAGUCUCUUGACUGAAAGUAACAAAGGUUUUCCCCUCAAUUGUGGUGGCCAACCAUACAAGGGACUAUAGUAUUGAACAUGACUCAUGGGGAAGAGCCUGGCCCUGAAACACACCAGGAUUCUGCUGUAUUAACAUAUUUGGAAGGCUUACUCAUGCAUCAAGGGGCAGGAGGAAAGAGUGUUGCAGCAACACAGAGUGGCAACCAGGAGCAGAGGAAUAAGGAGGGGACAGGGCUUGCACAGGCUAAUCAUGGCACUCAACAAGAACAGAAUAGAAUAAAUUCAUACUGUGGAGCCUCGCAGCACCUCAAAAAGGCCCGCCUACUCAACUCAGAGGCCUGGACAGAGUUUGAGAGUCAACGGAGUUCAGCACCCCCUGUUGCACUCAAUGGGCACAAUGAAGACCACCACAGUGGUCAGAAUGGCUCCACGCAGGAUAAAGGGGAGAGUACCCUUCUAGCCAAUUUGCUCCAGUCUUUCAGUUCUCGACUUCAGAACGUGACCCUGCCGCAGCAGAUCAUCCAAGGCUUGAGGCCACAGGACGCCUCCUGCCAGAUAAGCAAGCCUGCACAAGAGGAGAGGGCAAAUGGACCUUGCCACAGACCUGCCUCAAGCCACCUCAAAGGGCUAGUGAGUAAGAGUAUAAUGCAGAAUCACAGCAACAGUGUGCCUUAUCAACGUAGACGGUCGAGCCAGGAAAGUUUUUCAGACUCUCCCAAGGCGCUGAAGAGCAGUACACCUUCCCCAUCCCCAGAGUCUCUUUCUUGUACCGAGCGCCUAAAAGCUGUGGCAAAUCUGGUAAAUAUCAGAUCAAGCCCUGGUCCAUCACCCAAACCAAGUGUGGCCUGCAGUCAACUGGCUCUCUUGCUCUCCAGCGAGGCUCACCUGCAGCAGUAUUCACGAGAACAUGCCCUAAAAGCCCAACUCUCUGGACGAUCAGCCAGUGAAAGACUUUCAGCCAUUGCCACACAGCAGACACAAGAUAAGAAACAGCCUACCACUUCUGGCCAGACUCACGGACUGAGCCUCUCACACACCCAGAAUGGAUUACCUUCACAAAUGUCAACUAACUCCAGCAGACAGAGUCCAAGCCUAACUUCAGGGAAAAAAAGGCCAGAAGGUUCCAUUCAGAUAGGACAUCGCUUUAGAGAACGACUACCUUUUGAGAAACUAGGUAGACCAUCACAGAACUGCAGCAGCCUCCUCCUUCAGCUUCUCAAUAGCCACAACACAUCACAGCGAAUUAAUGGGCAGGGUCAUUUGAAAGAUGACAUCAGCACCUUUGGCACUUUGGGCUCCCCUCUUUUUUCGGACAGCGAGCACUCAAACCAUGACAGUAGUCUUACAAAAGACAGCAGUGAUGCUGAGAGCACUUACUCUAGUUGCUCACCUAUUGACCUGUCUCUGAAAAGCAGGACACAGGUACAGACACCAUUAUCUGCUUUGUCCGCAUCUGCUCUGGACAGGGUCCCGGAGUCUUCGUUGAACAGGUGGAAGCCUGACAGUCCACCUAUCAAAGUUCCCACAGAUCACUGUGAGGUGGAUGCCUGUUCAGAGAUGAAACCUCAUCAUAAGGUCACUCUUUUACAGUUGCUCUUGGAUCACAAAAAUAAUGAGAGAGUAAACAAAGGUCUAGAUAAUCCAGAUUUGCUGCGAGUUGUAAUCCCUAAGGUCGCUAGUGCAUCGACAAGUAGUCAGAGUUUUUUCAGUACAGCUAGGUGUAAGGACACAAGUGAACUUGGCUCACAUUGUGGAAGUCCCAAACUCUUGCCAACAUUCUCCCAAAGCCGAGACUCCAACAGCAGUGGAUCUCCGUAUACUCUUUAUGGCUCUCCCCAUUCACAGUCUGUGCCCUUGGAUCUUUGUAAACCUAAACAACCUACAAAUGAUAUAAGAGGCAAAGAACCUGCCUUCAGCGCUACUAAAUUGCUACAGAAUUUAGCUCAGUGUGGAAAAAAAACUAUUUCUCCUCCAGUGAAGGCACCUUUACCCCCUGUCAAACUCAUGACCCAAGAGCUAAAAGUUAACUAUCCUCCAACUUUACUAGAGAGACACACUGCACCUAUUCAGAAAAAUAACAACCCAUUGUGGGAAGAGGCCAAGGCAAAAACUUUAACAGUACCUGAGGCAACACAGCAUGUCUCUGAGAUUGAGAAUCUGCUUGAGAGACGCACAGUUCUACAGCUUCUACUGGGGAAUGCUCCACAGAAAGAAAAGGUUGGCAGUAAACGAAAAAGAGAACACAGAAAGAACAAUUCUGUGGAAAAACGGACAAAUAAGGCAGUAGGCCAAGGUACAUCAAAUGGUCCUUCAGUGGACAUUUCAAUCAAAACUGAGCCAGUAGAAGAGGGUCAAAUGUACGACUAUAACAAAAUUUCAAAGCAAUGCCAGAAUGUAGUGGUAGAGCCUAGAAAAUGUAACAUUCAUCUUGAGCAUGAAGACAUCAAGCAAGAACCAUUGUCUCCAGAGGCUGUCCAGAGUGAUGGUCUUCUUUGUCAUCUACUUAAACAGCGGCAUAACAAAACUCUUCAACCAAACAAGUUAGAAGACCUAAACAAGGGUUGUAUAAAGGAAGAAUCGAUGGGAAACCAGGGACCAACAAUCCCAAAGAAGCGGAAAUUUUCAAUAGAACUAGAAGACCAUAACACCUCGAGUCAGCAGGGCAGGGAUUUAAAGCAUUAUGGUAUUGUAAAUGACACCAGUGGUAAUUUUGCUGCAGGAGGUCUAGAGACACGAGAGGCCAGGGACCCUCCUAUUCCUCCAGAGGUAGACAGCCCACCAGCAAGAUUUCCACCACUGGAAUCUAAUGAAAACAGAAGUUUCAAUGUUUUAAAGCAGCUGCUGCUUUCAGACAACUGCUUAAAGGAAUUGUCUCAGCCAAGAGGUACAUUAAGUUCACAAACAUGUACUGUGCUGAAUGGGAAUACAAUCAAGCAGCCAUGUACUGAUGGUGAGCUUCGAAACUUUCACCAAAGUUUUAGCCCCAGCAAUGCAUCUUCUAAGAGAGUAAGUGGUCACAGAUCUGAAUCUCCACAGGAAGCUUCAAGGUCAAAAAACGACUACUCCACAAUAAAGGAUUUGAAGGGCUCUACAAGGAUGGUUAAUGGAGAUAAUCAAACACAAAAGUAUGAGUCAGACUCACCUCGGUUUACCAAGACUAACCCUAUUUUGUACUAUAUGCUCCAGAGGAGCAAUGCACAUCUGGUUAAAGAGGGGGAGGAGCUGGAGGCAGGUACGAGACAAAUGCAGACAAAGGUCAAAAAUGAGUCGUCAGGUAAUUCUGAGGCCUUUGAACAUUAAAUCUCAUCAAAAUUCACAGAAUUGUAAUGGAACAUCUAGUUGUCACUCACCACAGUUAAACGGGUCAUUUAACAAAAACUAGUUUGGAGACCGUGAACCAGCAUGUGUGCUUGGACAACAAAUGUGCUUUUUUUAUACCCUCUCUUCUACUAAUUCAUGUUUGCUACUUCGUUUAAAUCAGACCAUCUAGAAUAUUUUACAUGAAUUAUAUUACAUUUAGUUCAAGAGACCAUGCAACCAAAAUGUAUUUGAAUAGCACUACUUUCUGGCUGUUAUCUUUAUCAAGUUCAAACUGGCAAAAUAAAUGAUUUCUGUGAAAGAUGUGUGAGAAUUACCCUAGUGUAUUUGUAACAGUAUCAUUUCUCACUCCAUUUUCCACACAUACUGUAUGUAGACUUUCGGCCACAGGCAGUAAGUUGUGAUGUACUGAUGCAUAUGAUGUAUAAAUAGAUUGUGCUUCAGUUUUUGUUAGUGGAUAUCCUUUAAUUUUUAAAUAAUGAAAUCAAAAAGCAGUGUAUUCUUACUUUUGUCUAUGCCAGGAAGGCUUUAAAAGUCACUGUCUUUAUACAAACAAUCAAAUCAAUUAAAUAUGUUGCCUUUUAUAAAAGAAGGAUGUAUCUCUUUUUGGCCCUGUAUUGGUAAGAUAAACUGAAAUAAUUGCUAAAGCUGUAUAUUCAUGAUCAUAUUUGGAUAAUAUGAAUCCAUCAGUAUUAAAACAUGGUAUCUUGAUAUCUGUAUGGUAUGUGAAGUGUGUAUACUUUACUAUUGAUGUCCUCUUUAAUUUCUCUCUCUUUCCCAUUGAAAACAAUGUUGUGAUGUGCUUUAUUGAUUAUUCUGCUUCUCAGCAUUUACCUGUGUCAAGACACCAAACAAUGUUUACAGUACACAAGAUGGUGAAUGGAAAAUCGAAAAAAUCUACAACAAAUUACUGCUUUUGGUUCAUCUGUUUUUAUACAUGUAUUUUAUGAACUGGUCUUGGUAUUAGCAUGUGUCAUUAGAUUUUUGUUCUAUUAUACAAGAGAUUGUUGCAUCAAUUUGAAACAAAGCAACCCAAUCACAGCUGUAUGUCAUAGCAGUGUGUUAUUGUAAUGGAAGCAUUGAUUUACUAAAGGGAGUGUUAUGCUAAGGCCAUUCCCACAAAAGUAUGUUUGCUGAUGUGAUAUUUACAGUCUUACAUUUUACAUAUUGACAUGUUAUUUUUCACCAAUCUUAAGACUCGUUACAAACUAUAUUUAUGUACAUGGCAAAAUCUUUAUGAAAGACAGCUAUUUUGUAUGAAUGAAUAGCAUUUUAGUUUUGAAAUUUCUUAAAGAGACUUCAAAGUAAAUGCCAUGUGAAUAUGUACAUAUUAGAGGAUGUUUUUUGUCCUUCAUUUGCAUGUGUCUCCUGAUGAAACUAUGAUAAUCUGUUCUGCAACAUCUUGUGUUAGGUCAGAUAUUUAAAAGUACACUGCUGCCUGUUGCAUGCAGAUGCAUGAGAAGGUUCCUAUGUAUUACUGGACAUGGGGAAAUUCGAAGUCUUAAGCACACACACACACACACACACACACAUAUAUGUAUAUGUAUGUGUGUGUGUGUGUGUGUGUGUGUGUGUGUGUGUGUGUGUCAUGGAGCCCAAUACAUAAAAUGUGAUUUGUAGGUUUGUCAUGAGAAAUAGACUGCUGGGCAAACUGUCUGAACUUUUGAAACAAAGUGCAUAUGAAUAUAUUUAUUUUGUUUUUACUCAAUUUUAUUUUGUACAUUGAGAAAAGAAAAAAGGUUAACAAUCAUGUUCUGUGUUGUACAGUACAAAGAUGGAUUACACUGACUCUUCAAAGACUUUAAUAUCCUUUUUUUAUGCAGGCUAACUGCAAUACAUUGAGUAUUAUUGUGUUUCAUUAUUUUGAAAAUAUAUAUAUAUUUCAUUUGGGUGUUUACUUGCACAGAUUUCGAAUAAAGUUCUGAAAUGCAC